UACAGGACACCGUUAGGCCACCGUGGGACGACGUCCAGCGUCCGUGUCGCCGAGCCGCUAAGCGGACCUUUCUAUCUAACUCGGACCCCCUCCAGAAGCACGACGAUAUGGGGCAAAGCGGCCAGGAAUGUGCGACCCGCCGGGGCGCUGUGGGGACGAGCGACACAGCACCUGAGAAACGCCCUUGACGGAGUAGAAAACGACUCGCCUGCGUGUCCCAGGCAGCUUGGCCGCCUCAUAUCGCCCCCUCACCGCCGCCCCAGUGCACCCUGACCGCAGCAGACCGCGACCCGCACGAUGGCCACCGCCCAGCAGAACUACAUCCUCACCGCGGAUCCGCUCUCGCUCGAUCGCAUCAGGUCGAUCCUCAACCGGCUCGAGGACACGAUCAUCUUCGAGCUCAUCGAGCGCGCGCAGUUCGCGCACAACCCCAAGAUCUACCGCAGAGGCGAGUUCGCGGAGCUGCAGAGCAUCGGGUUCAAGGGCAGCUGGCUGGAGUGGUUCUUGAAAGAGACGGAGUCCUUCCACGCCAAGGCACGGAGAUACACGAGCCCCGAUGAGUACCCGUUCACCGACCUCGCGGAGCUCCCGCAGCCCGUCCUGAAGGGCGUCGAGCUCCCCAGGAUCCUCUACCCGAACAACGUCAACGCCAACAAGUCCAUCCUCAGCUUCUACACCCGUUCCAUCGUCCCUCGCAUCACAGCCCAGGCCACACUCGCCCUCGCCGCGGCGAAGCGCGCCAAGGGCAUCUCAGGCGACGACGAGUACGAGGACGACGGCAACUACGGCAGCACCGCCGUCCUCGACGUCGAAGUUCUGGGUGCGAUCAGCAAGCGGGUGCACUACGGCAAGUUCGUGUCCGAGUCAAAGUUCCGCGCAGACCCGGCUGCGUUCAUCCCGCAUAUCGUACACCCCAACCGGGCGGCGCUGGACGCGCUCAUCACGAAACCUGAGGUCGAGCGCAAGCUCCUCCAGCGCCUCCGGAAGAAGGCAGAAGUUUACGCGCUCAACUUCUCCCCAGAAGGCGAACCUAGCGGCGACGCAGGGCGGAAGAUCGACGUCGACGCGAUUGUGGAGCUGUACGAGCAUUACAUCAUUCCCCUCACAAAGGAGGUCGAGGUCGACUACUUGCUGGUGAGAUUGGAGGGCAUGUCACAGGAGGAGAUCGAGGAACUAGCAGCGAGCAAGAAAGCAUAGAACGUGUACGAUAGAAUGUGUACGAUAAUGCAUGAACCUCUUUCAUCCGAUUAUCUUGGGAC